AGGCGUUCUGUCUAGACCUAGUGGACCUCGUUGACGAAUACCAUCUUUCGCUAUCUUACAGAUCGGUUACGCUUCACCUCCUUACUCACCGGCUGCAAAUUUUUCGAGAUCAGCAAUAGGCUGUAACAUGACUACACAAGCCGGUCAGUUGGGCAACGGUCCAUUAAAACAUGAUAUCAGUGCAGGUGCUUCAACUUCAACUCUCACCUCGCCCGAGCCCCCUUCAGAAAUAGUGUCCAACAAGGAGCCUGAAUUGAAGUUUGAUGGCAACUCGGCUCCAUUGAACGAUCCGACUAUUGAAACAUCGAAUGCCGAUUAUUCGGGUUCCAGAGAUGAAAAUGCUUCCGAAAAGUCAACGGAGGAGUGGAGAUUUACAAGACGCGCACAACUCGUCUUUGCUACACUAUCGACGUUAUCGUUGAUGGUCGCUUUGGAUGGUACUUCCAUAUCCGUUGCUCUUCCUAUCAUAUCCAAUGCUCUUCAUGGAACUGCCAUCGAAGCUUUUUGGUCUGGUACAAGUUUUCUACUUACCUCUACCGUGCUACAGCCUCUGUUUGCCUCCUUAUCAAACAUCUUUGGCCGAAGACCAAUUAUGAUUAUCAGUAUUCUGCUCUUCUUUGUUGGCUGUCUUGUCUCUGGUCUUUCGAAGGACUUCACCGCUAUGCUGGUGGGCCGCUCAAUUCAGGGGGUAGGCGGCGGUGGUAUUCUGGCCCUCACUGAGAUCAUUGUUACUGAUAUUGUGCCUCUCAGAUUGAGAGGUAAAUACCUUGGUAUCUUGAACGGGAUGUGGACAAUAGGAUCAGUGACAGGGCCCGUUCUAGGUGGUGGAUUUUCUGAAAGUGUUUCCUGGAGGUGGAUUUUUUAUAUCAACUUUCCCUUUGCUGGAGUUGGUUUAGUUAUGACAGCGCUUUUCCUCAGACUCAACUUCGUCCCAACCUCACUACUCUCCAAACUGCGACGAAUUGAUUACAUUGGUGCCACCAUCUUCAUGGGUAGCACAGCAUCAUUCAUGAUUCCUUUAUCCUGGGGGGGUGUAAUGUAUGCAUGGUCCUCUUGGCGCACUCUUGUACCACUCAUUAUUGGUGUCGUUGGGCUAUUGGUAUUCUGUUAUUAUGAAUAUCGCUUCGCGGAACAUCCCAUCAUUCCCCUAGAAAUCUUCACAUCCAAGACAGCCACAGUUUCAUUCAUCGGUACCGUCCUCCAAGGCCUUGUGCUAUGGUGUGCUCUUUACUUUAUGCCACUCUAUUUCGAAGCAGUCAAGGGCUAUUCCCCUAUCAUUAGCGGCGUGGCUAUCUUCCCUGAUUCAUUCACCGUCGCUCCUAGUGCUAUGAUAGCCGGACUUACAAUCACUAAAACUGGCAAAUACCGUUGGGCAGUGUGGGUUGGCUGGCUUCUCACCACUUUGGGCUUUGGUUUGUUGUGCAUUCUGAAAGUUGGUACCAGCAUCCCCGGUUGGAUCUUCCUCGAGUUCGCCGUUGGAUUUGGUCUAGGUGUGAUCUUCCCAGCGGUGACCUUCGCCGUUCAGGCAUCCGCCAAACAUGAAACUCUUGCCAUGGCAGUAGCAAUGACAAGUUUUUUCCGAGCUUUCGGUCAAGCAAUUGGCGUUGCUAUUGGUGGUGUGGUCUUUCAAAAUAGAAUGUAUACCAAUCUGCUUCAGUAUUCUGAGCUUGCACCAUUUGCACGGGAGUACAGUCAAGAUGCUGCGGGCCUCGUGCAGGUUAUAAAUGCCAUGGCCGAUGGGGUCACAAAACAGGAUUUGAGAACAGCUUAUGCUGACUCGCUCAGGAUUAUCUGGGCUGUAUGCUGUGCUAUCUCUGCUGUCGGGUUCCUGUUCUCCUUAUGGACGAAGGAAUAUGAUAUUGAUCAAGCUUUGACUACAGACCAAGGGUUGCGGGAUAAGAGGAAGCCUACCUCGAGCGAUGUGUGA